CUCGCCCCGCGGCCCCGGCCCCUCCCCGGCCGCUGUCCCCGGGCCUCAUUGGCCUCUGGUCUCCCCGGUAACCGGACCACAACAGUGAGCCUCAGCGUCAGGGCCCGGCCCCGUUUUCCGGCAGGUAGCGCCCCCCAGCCGUCAGGGGCGCCCCCUCCUCGCUAACCCAACAGCCGAAAGCCCAGAGGCCCUGUCCACGGAGAAGGCGGGAGGCGGGCCCGAGCGAGGUCCCCUGCCCCGUCCCCUUGGAAGAAGUGAGACCCGGGCCCGCUCCGUGCUGUGGCCCGAGGGGGCCGUCCUCUUAGGCCACGAUGCCGCUGGGACACUCUGCGGGGAGCAACCGCUCCGAGGACGCCAGCGAGGCCUUGCCGGAGGGCAUGGUGGACUGGGAGCUGAGCCGCCUGCAGAGACAGUGCAAAGUGAUGGAGGGGGAGAGGCGGGCCUACAGCAAGGAAGUCCACCAGCGCAUCAACAAGCAGCUCGAGGAGAUCCGGCACCUGGAGGAGGUGCGGGCCAAGCUCCAGAUGCAGAUCGGCGUGGCCCAGAGCCAGGUCAAGCGGCUGCAGGACAACGAGCGGCUGGAGCAGAUGGACCGUCUGCUGAAGUGCCGGGCCCGGGUGCAGGCCGAGGUGGAUGAGCUGCAGGCGCAGGCCAGGGCCCUGGACAAGGAGAUCCAGGAGUGGGAGACCCGGAUCUUCACCCAGAGUAAGGAUGUCAUGGGCCCCGGGUUCGUCCUGGAGCAGAAGGUGAGGCUGCAGCGGCGGAUCAAGAUCCUGGAGGACCAGCUGGACAGGGUCACCUGCCACUUUGACAUCCAGCUGGUGCGGAACGCGGCCCUGCGGGAGGAGCUGGACCUGCUGCGCAUCGAGAGGAACCGCUACCUGGAGGUGGACCACAGGCUGAGGAAGGAGAUGCACCUGCUGCAGCACACGGUCAGCACCCUCAUCUUCUCCUCCACCUCUGCCUACGCCAUCAGGGAGGAGGCGAAGGUCAAGAUGGGCAUGCUGCGGGAGCGCGCCGACAAGGAGGUGGCGCAGAACGAGACGGAGGCGCAGGCGCUGCGGCGGCAGAUCGCGCACCUGGAGCGGCUGCACCGCUUCCUCAAGCUCAAGCACGACGAGCGGCAGCCGGACCCCGCCGUCCUCGAGAAGCGCGAGCAGCGCGCCCGGGAGGAGGCCGAAGGCCUCCGCAAGACCUCCCAGGAGAAGCUGGUGCUGCGCUACGAGGACGCCCUGAGCAAGCUGUCCCAGCUCACCGGGGAGAGCGACCCCGACCUGCUGGUGCAGAAGUACCUGGAGAUGGAGGAGCGCAACUUCGCCGAGUUCAACUUCAUCAACGAGCAGAACUCGGAGCUGCAGCGGCUGCAGGACGAGAUCAAGGAGAUGCAGGAGGCUCUGGUGAACGCGCGGCUCAGCGAGGAAAGCCGGCACUCGCAGCAGGAGACGGAGCGCGAGGUGCUGCAGCAGCGCGUGGACGCCGUGCGCUCCGAGUGCGAGAACCUCGAGGCCCGCUGCGGGGAGCUGCGCGGGCAGCUGGAGAAGCUCAAGACCGACAUCCAGGUGCUCUUCACCAAGGCCAACUGCGACCGCAGCGCCAUCGACGACCUGCUGGGCGUCAAGACGCACCUGCGGGACCGGGACCUGGGCCUCUACCUGGGCAUCAUCGAGAAGCGGCUGAUGCAGUUCCUCACGGUGCAGGCCUUCCUGGACACGCAGGGCUACACGUCCCUGGCGGAUGCAGCCCUGAUGGUGCUGGGCCAGAGCCUGGAGGAACCCCCCAAGAAGGUCAUCCCACUGCAGCCCCCGGACAACCUGGAGGACCCUCCAGGGCUGGUGGUCAAAGAUGACCACCCGAUGAGUAAGGAGGAGCUGCUGAGCCAAGUGGUGAAGUCGGUGGAGCAGCGGGAGCUGGCCCAGGAGCAGCAGCAGAAGGAGCUGGCGGAGGCCGUGAAGAAGGAGGACAGCACCCCCAGCCUGGGCUUCACCGGCCCCCGGGGCGCCAGCUCCGGCCUCUCCCUGGGGACCCCCAAGAAGCCGGACGGGGUGCCGGGCUCCAUCCUGAGCCAGAGGACGAGCAAAGGCCGUGGCACGAGCUCCAUGAGCCGCGUCACGUUCGGUGUCCCCGACCCCAGCCUCGGCCAGCUGUCCAGCAGUGCCUCCUUUAGGGAGCGCAGCUCCAGCACAGCGCAGGGGACCCUGGUCAGCACCAGCGCCAGCGGGGCCCCGGGCUCCAGCCGGGCCUCAAGCCGGGGCCGCGUAACCUUUAGACCCGCCAGCUCCAGCAGCUACCUGGGCUCCACUGGCUACGUGCAGUCCAGCAGAGGCCAGGAGAGCUCGGGGAGCAGAGGCCUCAGCUCCGGCAAGGGCCAAGCGUCCAGCACCGGCCGUGCCUCCAGCACCGGCCCCAGCUCCUCUGCCAGCAGAGACCCCCGGUGCUACUACUAGGGCGCCCGGACCCCGGCCUGCCCCCGGCUCUUCGCACUGUCUUCUCUGCCUCUGCCUGUCUACUCGCCUGUGGCCCUGCCUCUCCAUCCGUCCCCAGCUGUCUCCUGCGCGUCUCUGAUCCUCUCCGGUUUCAUUGCUUUCCGCCUCCCAGUCCCCCGGGCUCGCUCUCCGGUCCCUUGUGUAUCUUGUCCCCAUCUCUGUCCCCGUUGAUCCCCUGCCUCCUGCUCUGCUCCCCGGUUUCCAGCGCUUUCUUCUUUGUCUCCCAGCCUCUCCUGGAGUCUUGGGUCCCUGUCGCUGAAGUCCCUCCUUCCCCACCCUCCCCAGGAGCCCCCCAGGACCUACCAGAUGAGCUGUG